AUGAAAGAAUUGGACUCUAUAAAAUCACUAAAUAAAAAAAUUAUAAAUCUAAAACCUAUUGCAAUUUCUUUGGAAAAAUAUCAUAAAUCUUUGCUUAUGAUUGAUAAACUUAAACAAUUAAAACAUGAAAGUGAAGACUAUGAGAUGAUCAAGCUUGCAAAUGAAGAAAUUGGAAAAGAAGAAAAGUUAUUGGAAGAAUGUUAUAAUGAAUUGAAGAAGAAUAUUAUACCAAAACAUCCUCAGGCACAUCUACCAUGUAUCUUAGAAAUUCAUGCAGGCGUUGGAGGGGAUGAGGCAACCUUAUUUGCAACAGAAUUACUAAGAAUGUAUCAAAAAUAUGCUGUAACAAAGAAUUGGAAAUAUGAAAUAUUAUCAAUAAACAAAAAUGAAGGAAAUGAAGGUAUUUUAGAAGCUAUUAUGCAAUUAGACGGCCCAGGAGCAUUUGGAAAAUUAAAAAAUGAGACAGGUGUUCAUAGAGUUCAGAGGAUUCCUAUUACUGAAUCUAAGGGAAGAAUUCAUACUAGUACUAUAACUGUUAAUGUUUUUCCAAAAGUUGAUCAAGACAAAAACUUUGAUAAAAUUGAUAUGAAAGAAGUAAAAAUAGAAGUUAUGAGAUCAAGAGGAGCAGGAGGACAACAUGUAAAUAAAACAGAAUCAGCAGUAAGAAUGACUCAUUUGCCUACUGGAAUAUCUGUUUCUAUGCAAGAUUCUCGUUCACAACAUCAAAAUCGCUCAAAAGCUCUCAUAAUAUUAAAAUCUAGAGUCGCAGCCUUAAGAAGUGAGAAAAAUACAGAGAAUGAAAGACAACAACGUAGAUCCCAAAUUCCCUCAGCUACUCGACCAGAUAAAAUUAGAACUUAUAAUUUUCCACAAAAUAGAAUAACAGAUCAUCGCUGUGGUUAUAGUUUAUAUGAUCUAGAAGGUUGCAUGAAUGGAGGAAAUGGGUUAGAUCCAUUAUUUGAUGAGUUAGAACUAUGGGCAGAACAAAUGAAAUUAAACAGCCAUUUUUGA